AUGGGCCAUGGGGGCAAGGGGAGGGUCGCGGGGGGCUGGAUGGAAGGAUACGGCUCCUACACGCUGCCGACCGGGGCCGAGUACCGGGGCUCGCUGUGGGACGGCAUGUUCCACGGCAAGGGCGAGCUACAGCUCAUCAAAGGCGGCGGAUACCGGGCGCUCUGGGAGCGCGGGCGGCCCACGCAGGGGAAGUACACUUUUACAGAUGGUCUCGAAUUCGACGAGGAAAAAUGGCCCUACUGCGAUGGCUACGACAGAAGAUUUUAUACAGAGAUCUGUUUGGGUUUUAAACCACCAGGCAUUCCUCAGCUUACAAAUCUGGAUCCUCCCAAAAUAAUCCCAGAAGGUUGUUAUGACUGUGGUGAUGGAUUCUAUAACCCUGAAACCAGAGUAGUUGUUGACUACAAACGCAAGUUUCUGAGAAAUGCAGACAAUGAUGAGCAUGAAUGGAUCCUUCGGACCUGCCGGAGAGCCUGGGACAUACCAAUCGAGCACAAACCGAAACCAUCACACAGCUUCUCCUAGACAAUAUUCCAGCAAAGCAGGUAAUCUGAGUCACAAUAAAUGCAAUUUGUCCUCGUGGAUUUGUCUCACCCUUUCCCUCGACAGGAAUAUAAUCUUUCUGUCAUCUUUGUCAGCUCAAAGAAAAAUGGAAAUAAUCAUUUAAUCAGUCAUGCUGAGCAAAAGCCACGGCAAAAAAGCUGACUGUACUCACAAUAAUAUUCCUGAGAGGUGUGCAGUGUAGUAUGUAUAAACAUUAUUAAGCCUGAAAACAAUUUGUUAAAAAGAGUGCCUCAGAUUCGGUGUUGAAGUCAUUCAAAUCCAUCUUAAUCAACAUUAUUUUCCCAGAUUUUAGUUAGCUGUCCUGGUGAAUUCCUUUCCUCUCUUUUUGCUCAGUACUUUGAUAUUGAUUGAUCAUUGUAAUAAUGUACACCAGAGGUAUUCUUUAAUGACGGGUUUGCUAACUAGGAAAUUAUAUCCAUUUACUACGAACGUUUGUUGAACUCUCCUGAAGCCAGAGUUUAACAAAAUAAUAAAAGAGGAAAACUGGGUGGGUUGCUGCUUGAUUAGUAAGCCAGAAAGUAUUUAAAAAUAAAAUAAAAUGGAAUUACAUCAUUUUCUGGAUGUAAGUGCCAGCACUUCUACUUGCAUUAACUUUAUUUAUUACACAAAUAAGACAUUUACAAAGCACAACAUUAAAAGUAUGUAACAAAACAGACAUUGGUUUUACAAAAAGUGCUUACAAUUUUGUUUUACUUUUUUAAAAUAAAUAUUAGUCUUGACUGUCCACUCAUUCAGAGAAAAAUUUUUUUAACCAUUGUAGCCAAGACAUGCAGAAUUGCAACAUGCUACAACAAAAUGAUUGGCAGAUGAAAUAAAACUGGUGUUUAGUUGGCAUCCUACAGAUAAAUCAGUGAUAGUAGUGCAGGAUUGGUU